AGUUAGAUCUGUAAACGCAAAGACUUCAGGAGGAAAGAACAGCUCUGAGAUGGAGGUUCAGGACUGGGUCGAUUCGUCUAUACGAGCGUUUUUCUGCGUGACUGGAAUCACGGGAAACUUCUGGCUGGGUUUGCGUUCCCUUCCCAAAUCCAAAUCCCAAAUGCGUCCCAAUGACCUUCUCUUCAUUAACCUGGCCGUGUCCAAUCUCAUCACAAACUGCCUGGUGGACCUGCCCGACACCAUGGCACAGUUUGUGAACAACUGGUUCUUGGGGAGAAACUACUGUGGCGUGCUUCAGUUCUCAUCCGACCUCUCCGAGACGAGCAGCAUCUUCUCCACCAUGUUCAUCAGCAUGUACUGGCACCAGAAGCUCGUGGGAUCCGUCAGACGAGGAGGAGCACCGGUUCAGAUGGACAAUCUGAGGCUCGUCACCGUUUUCAUCGCUGGGAGCUGGGGCGUGGCGUUGAUGUUCAGCGUUCCCCACUUUUUUAUCGCGGAACAUGAUGGGAAUGAGAGUUUAGAAGUUUGCGAGGAACGCUUCCCAACGCUCGCGGAUAAACGCACGUAUGACGGGUUGUAUCUUCUUCUGGCCAACGCCGUUCCUCUUGUUGGGAUCACCUACGCCAGUGUGCAGAUCGUCUUAGUGUUGAUGCAGAGCCAGAAACGAGUAGGAAAAAAUCGUGUUCAUAAUAACUCGGGAACACAGGCAAAUGCCACUAAGACUAAAGCGAUGAGUGGCAGCCAGGCGCGCGCGGCGAAGAGUGUGGUGGCGGUGGCGUCGAUCUUCAUCAUCUGCUGGUUCACACACCUCGUGCUUCGCAUCUACAGCAGCUUCAGAAACUCAAUCCUGGCGGUGAAGUUGACCAAUUUUAUAGGAGCAGCUUACACUUGUUUCGUCCCGUAUGUGUAUCUGCACGGGGUGAAGAAACUCGACUGCUCCUGCUGCUGAUGACGAGCACCAACAACAACAACACAAAUGGAGAAGUGUCUGAAACCUUGUGUUUAAAUAUGCAAACUGUUUUAGGAAUAAAAGGAAAACCUCAAAGCUAAAAUUAGCCAGACACCAUGCAUAUAGGCCUAAUUUUGAAUAUUUUUUCACUAGGACACUAUAGUUCAUUUAAACUGUGACUUAUUAUUCCCAAAUAUUCUUCAUACAGUGACUAACAGUGAUAAUGAGGGACCAAAUAUGAUUCCUCCACUUUGAGCUGAUGAUGUUUUGCUGAAGUGUGUUUUCUGCUCUUUUUCCACACACACUGAACAACAUGAAGCAUUGCUUGGUCACUG